CAAACCGCACUGCACACAUUCAUUUCUCUCUCUCUACUCUCUCUCUCUUCUUCGUGAAUUUUCGGUUAUCAAUUUUAAGUGAAGAAUCAUGGGCAAAGGUCCAGGUCUCUACUCUGAUAUUGGCAAAAGAGCUCGAGAUCUUCUGAACAAGGAUUACAACAGCGACCAGAAGUUUACGCUCACCACCUACUCUCCCACUGGAGUUACUCUCACUUCGUCGGGUACAAAGAAAGGCGAGCUGUUUCUGGCUGAUGUCAACACUCAAUUCAAGAACAAGAAUGUCACCACUGAUAUUAAAGUGGACACGAGCUCAAAUCUCUUUACCACUAUAACAGUUGACGAGCUUACCCCUGGAUUGAAGACAAUAUUGAGCUUUAAAGCUCCUGAUCAAAGGUCUGGAAAGUUGGAACUUCAAUAUCUGCACGACUAUGCUGGAUUGAGCUCAAGCAUUGGAUUGACUGCCAAUCCCGUUGUAAACUUCGCUGGGGUUUUGGGUAACAACAAGCUUGCUCUGGGAAGUGAUGUGUCUUUCGAUACCAAGGAAGGAGCUUUUCUCAAGUACAACUUUGGUGCUAGCUUCACAAAUGCUGAUCUUAUAGCUGCAGUGACUCUGAACAACAAGUUUGAUUCGGUGAGUGCAUCAUACUACCACACAGUGAGCCCAUUGACCAACACUGCAGUGGGUGGAGAGUUUACCCACAGCUUCUCGAGCAGCGAGAACACCAUCACAGUUGGCACUCAGCAUUCACUGGACCCACUCACCAACGUGAAAGCACGUGUGAACAAUGCUGGCAAGGUUAGCGCUCUGAUCCAGCACGAGUGGCGCCCAAAGUCUCUCAUCACCGUUUCUACUGAAGUCGAUGCCAAAGCUUUUGACAAGAGUGCCAAAUUUGGCUUAGCUUUGGCCCUCAAGCCUUAAACGAUUCUUCCUUUUUUUGGGGUUUGAAUGAGAAUUGAACUUGUCGUGUUGGGUGGUUGUAGAAAGACAAUUAGGCUGUUGGUUGAUUUCCUAAUUCCAUUUGACUAUAUAACGACUUCUCUUUCUCGUUUAACAGUUGAACACUUUUUGAGCCUGAAAUUUUCUUAAAUCGAAUCAGGGCAGCUAUUAUUUGUUUCUUUUUAAAGUUGUCUUCGGUUCUGGUUCGGCAGGUACCAGACUUUGUCAUGUCGUAAAACUAUGUUUGAUAUGACUGAGAAUAAGUGAAUUUCAGGGGAUGUUUUGCCCUUGGAGCUGUGAAAA